AUCCGGUUGGCGCAGUAUUUCGAGCUUCUUUUUUCUACAGUAAACAUAAAUAAAUAACGGUUUUUAGUGUGACUUCGAACAUGAAUUAAAUAUACCCCUCCGGUAAAAAAAUAAAAAUCGAACGGAAUAUGGACAACGGGGUCUCACAGAAAAUGCGACCCAGGGAGCUGCCUCCUCUGCCUCAGCGAGGACAAAGAGCGCUUCCCACAAUGCCAAGGGAAGACACGGCUGAUGUGCCAAAACAAAAGAAGAAGAGGGUGAAAAGGGAGGCAGACAACACAGACGAUCAGGCAAUGAAGAUGGAAGGCCUGGGCACCAGACGGAUGUCUGAGGUUGGAGAGCAUGUUUCACUUGAAACACCUGCAGAUGCUCCUCAAAGGAAGAAGAAGAAAAAGAAGAGCAUGACUUCAGAUCUGGAAGAUGACCAAGCUGAUCUGUUGAAUGGAGGCGCGGGAGAUCACACUAAGAAGAAGAAGAAGAAGUCAAAAGUUGUGGAAUCGUCACUUCCUGACGGGUUGGAUGUAGAAGAAGACGACGUGAUCACAGACAUAACAUCUCCUAUCCCACAACAUUCCCUGUUCUCUGCCCCACAAGGACAGAGCCAGCCUGUUGGGAAGGUCUUUGUUGAGCGCAACAAGCGCUUCCAGGCAGCAGAGCGCUCAGACUGGAGGAAGACCAGCGACCAGGCGGAAAACAUGAAUGACUUCCAGCUCAUGCAGCCUCGCUGGACCACCAGAGAUGUUUCUCUCAGGGUGCAUGAGGGAUUCAGGAUUUUCGCGCUGUACUGUCACGGCUUCCUAGCAGGAUAUGCUGUGUGGAACAUGGUGGUGGUGUACGUGCUAGCUGGGCAGCACCUCAAUGCUCUUCCCAACCUGCUGCAGCAGUACCACUACUUGGCUUACCCAUCCCAAUCUCUGCUCUACAUGCUGCUGGCCAUCAGCACGGUGGCUGCUUUUGACAGAGUCAACCUGGCCAAGGCUCCCAUGGCACUGCAGGAGCUGAUCACACUGGACCCAGUGGCUAUUGCCUCAUUCUUGUAUUUCUCUGCGUUGGUGCUCUCUCUCAGCCAGCAGACCACAAGCGAUCGAAUCAACCUCUACCCCCUCUCCAACUCAACUUUGUGGCCGACAGGGUCCGAGCACCAAAUACUCCACCCUUGGGUGACGGUCAACCUGGUGGUGGCACUGCUGGUGAGCCUGGCCUGGAUGUUCAUCACCAGCCGACCUGAGGCAGACUAUACUAAAAGUUAUCUGGUUGCCAUGCAACUCGAACCCUCCAAGAUGGAUGACAAGUCAGAAAUGAUCACAUGAUUAGAGCUAGGCAGCUUCAUUAUCAUUUUUGCACAUGCGUUUGCUUUGAAUUUGUACACUUCUGAUUGUGUUGUACAUUUGGGUUCGUUCAGACUUUUGCAUUAAACCUUAAAAUAUUUAAAAAGAAAAUAUAUUUUAUUAUAAGCACCACUGAUAAGCAUCACAUAUGAGGUGUGUCCCAACUACAGACUGAAACAGGGCGCCAUUUUUGACAAAUGUUUGCCCUGUCUUCCUCCCUGAUAGAGGCGCAAAAGUCUUAACUCGGGUUGCGCUCGCUAAUGUAGCUUCUGUGUUCGUCAGUGUUGCUGCUGGCAUUUGUCGUGGUUUAACUUUAGUCCUGCAGCUUUCAGUGUGUCCAGGGAUUCCUCAAAUCCCACUUCUGACACCAUGCAGUGUUACAUAGAAAUGGCAGAGGACCAUAUGAGGUCCACGGCACAUUCUUGAAAUAUAAUUUUUUUUAAACACAGCAAAAAUUGAAAAAUCUGUGGUAAUUUUACAAGAAUAAAAAUUAAAGUAUUAAAAGAAAAAAAAGUUUUAAUUUUUAUGACAAUAAAGUUGUAGUAUGAGAAAAAAUAACACCAUGUCAGUAGCAUCAAAUUUAAAUAUUUAAGAAAAAGACUUGAAAAAAAGGCAUAAUAUUAUGAGAAACAAACAAAAAAAAAGUUUGAAAUAUUAGAAUAUUAUGUGACUAUUAUGUGAAUAAGGUCAAAGUCAUGAUAUUUUGAGAAGAACAUUUACAAGACGGAAGUUUACAUAGAUGGAAAAUUUUAAAAAACAAAACAGCAGCAGCAAUUUUACAAGAGUCAAGUCAAAAUAUUAAGAGAAAAAAGUUGUAAUCUAACGAGAAAAAGUCGUUUUAUGAGAAUAAGGUCGUAAUAUUAUGAGGAAAAGUAACGCCAUUUCAGCAGUAUACAGUUGAAAUAUUAAAGAAAAAAGAUGUAAUUUAUUAAAGUUAUUAAGUUAUGAGAAGUAACACAAUGAAGUUGUCAUUUAUGGGAAAAUUAGGUUGUAGAAAAAGUUAUAAUAUUACGACAAUAAAGUCAAAAUAUUACAGGAAUAAAGUCAUAAUUACGAGAACAAUAUUUACAAGAAGAAAGCUGAAAUAGGUGGAAAAUUAAAUUAAAAGCAGAAAUGAAAAACAGCUGUAGUUUUAUGAAAAUAACGUCAAAAUAUUAAGAAAAAAAUUGUGUUCAAACGAGAAAAAAGUCACAAUCUUACAAGGAAAACAAAAUUAUGAGGAAAAAUAACCAUUUCAGUAUCAUAAAGUUGAAAUAUUAAAGAAAAAAAGACUUUUUUUCAGUCGUAGUAUUAUGAGAAACAAAGUUUUAAUUAAAUUAGGUUGGGGGGGAAAGUUAUAUUAUGGGAAUACAUUCAAAAUAUUAUGGGAAUAAAGUCAUAAUAUUACAAGAAUAAAAUUUAACAGAAGAAAGUUUAAAACUAUUUUUGAAAAGUUUAAAAAGCAUCCAGAAUAUCAAAGUGGCCCUUGCAUCCUUUUAUUUUUCAAUACGUGGCCCUCGCUGCAAAAUGUUUGGACACCCCUGUCUUAAACAGUCUUCAAUGGAACAUACAUUUCAAACUAUGGUGACCCGCUCCACUACUGGACGAUCGCCAAUUAACUGCUGUGAAGGCAGCGUGCUGUGGACAACUCAAGCUCGAAGAUGUCAUUACUCGUUCACGUGAAGGCAGUGUCGACGAUUCAGACUCAUGGACUGCACAUACUGUAAGCAGCUCGUACUUCUAUACAACUGGGAGAACGGUUCUCAGUGUUCACUUAAAAGAGCUGUUCAAAGGACCCGACUCAUUUGCAAAAAUCACGUCGCUCGUGCACACUCAAAUUUCUAAAGUUUAUACAGCAUUUUGUUGUGCAAUGUUUUGUAGUUGUGUUGUUUCACUGUAAAUAUUUGGAAAUGAACUUAAUUCAAAUAAUAAAAUUUUUGUCUAAUUGA